UGUGUUCAGCCAAACGGUCACACUGCCCACGCAGUCACUAAUCCGCCGGCGAAAAAUUUUGUUUACAUGCUGUUUACUGACUGAAAACCCAUAGCGCCCGUCCACCACUGCCAUGGAGGAGAUCCCAAUGGAGACCAGCUCGCCCACGGAGUCCAGCUCAGAGGUGAACUUCAACGCCGAGGAGGAGAAAUCCCAGGAGACGCGUUCCGCCGCCGGCUUUUGCUACUGCGGGAAGGAGCGCAACCUGAACAUUGUGGAGCUACUCUGCGCCACCUGUGCGCGCUGGGUGCACGAGUCGUGCGUCUCCUACCAGCUGGGCAAGGGUAAGCUGCUGCCCUUCAUCACCAACUAUGUGUUCGUGUGCAAGAACUGCUCGGCCACCGGGCUGGAGAGCUUCCGGAAGAGCCAGGCCACCAUUUCCCAGAUGUGCCAUUGUGCUAUCGCCAAUAUGCAGCAGGCGGCUGCCAGGGAGGGCAAGCGACAGACCCAGUUUAGCAAGGACAAGGAGAUCAUUCCCUACAUCGAGCAGUACUGGGAGGCCAUGACCACGAUGCCCCGGAGGCUUACCCAGUCCUGGUACAGCACUGUGCAACGGUCCCUGGUCAAGGAUGUUCAGACGCUGUUCACCUACGAGGAGCACUCGGAGCACGGCUCUAUGUACGGGCUAUUCCACCAGGAUCUGCGGAUCAUUAAGCCCAACUACGAGAGUAUGAGCAAGAGUGGCGCGCUCCGUCUGACCGACGAUGGCUACACACAAGCUGCCCUUGCCAAGAACAAUAGGCAAAAGCGUAAGUUCCCCGGCACGGACUCCGGCCCCACGGGCAAAAAGGGUCGCCCCAGCUCCGACAUCACCGCCAACGUGAAGCUACCGCCGCACGGCUAUCCGCUAGAGCACCCCUUCAACAAGGAUGGCUACCGCUACAUACUAGCCGAGCCCGAUCCACACGCUCCCUUCAGGCAAGAGUUCGACGAAAGCUCCGACUGGGCCGGGAAGCCCAUUCCGGGCUGGCUGUAUCGUACCCUGGUGCCGCAUUCCGUGCUCCUGGCACUGCACGACAGGGCGCCGCAGCUGAAGAUUAGCGAGGAUCGCCUGGCGGUGACUGGAGAGCGGGGCUACUGCAUGGUGCGAGCCACCCACUCUGUCAACAGAGGCUGCUGGUACUACGAGAUCACCAUCGAGGAGAUGCCCGAGGGGGCUGCCACUCGCCUUGGCUGGGGCAGGGAGUACGGCAACCUGCAAGCUCCACUGGGCUAUGACAAGUUUGGCUACUCCUGGCGAUCCCGCAAGGGCACAAAGUUUACAGAGAGCCACGGCAAGCAUUACAGCGAUGCGUACGUAGAGGGAGACACCCUUGGGUUCCUGAUCGAACUGCCCGAGGAGUCGGCCCUGGAUUAUCUUCCCAACACAUUCAAGGAUCGGCCACUGGUCAAGUUCAAGUCGCAUCUGUACUAUGAGGACAAGGACAAGAUCAACGAGACGCUUAAGAAUCUGCACAUCCUGCAGGGCAGUCGCAUUGAGUUCUUCAAGAACGGUCAGUCGCAGGGAGUGGCCUUCGAGGACAUAUACGCCGGCAGCUACUUCCCGGCCAUUUCGAUUCACAAGAGUGCCACGGUCAGCGUAAACUUUGGACCCGCCUUUAAGUAUCCCGAAGUUCUCGUCGAACACAAGGCAAAAGGAAUGCACGAUCGCGUUGAGGAGUUGAUUACGGAGCAGUGUCUGGCGGACACCCUUUACCUCACUGAGCACGAUGGACGUCUGCGCCUGGACAACAUGGGCCUAUAGUGGGAGGGGUGAAAACUGUAGAUUGUAUAGGUUUUUAAUUAUAUUUGAGUUUUUUGCAAGAGAA